AUGCUUUUACGCAACCGCUGGCUCCACGAGUACUUUUAUACUCCUCAGGCAUGGUAUAUUAUUACGGCCUUUGUCGUCAUACUCCUCACUCGUCUUUUAAGGAGGUCGUCAUCAGUGGACGACAUACCGCUCAUCAACCCCAAAAAAGGAUGGGAAAUCACCAAGUCUGGUGCCCAGCGCCGCUUCCUCAAGAAUGCGAGAGCCAUGAUGGACAAGGCCUUGAGCGACUUCCCCGAGAGACCUUUCCGGGUGUUUUGCGGGUUUGGCGAAGUCAUCAUCCUUCCCGCGGAACGCAUCAACGAGAUUCGGAACGACCAUCGAUUCAAAUUUUCCCUCGGUCCCGGCCCCACGUUACAAUAUCCCGGCUUUGAGGCCGCUAAUCGUUGUCUUGAUGACGUCGGCCUGUUCGACGUCAUUAAGCUUGACCUGACGAGACAUCUUGGCAACAUGACAGAAGCCAUUACAGACGCGACUGGAGACGCCAUAAAGAAGAUCUUCCACGACUCGACUGAGUGGCGCGAUAUCCGGUUGAAGCAGGACGUGCUGCAACUCAUCGGCCGCGUCUCGUCACGCCAAUUCGUCGGCGAAGAGCUCCAUGGCACCGACGAGUGGCUUAAAGUAUCCCUCGACUACGCCAACAACAUCUUCGUCGCCGCCUUCUUUCUGGGGCUUGUGCCACCCCUUCUGCGCCCCAUUGCACACUGGUUCAUUCCUCAGUGCCGGGCGCUCCGCGUCGGCAUGCGCGAGGCCCGGAAAUUGUCAAGGGAAAUUUUGGCGAAGCGUCGGAAUGACAAUGAAGAGCUCAGAGCACGUGGCGAACCCCAAGUCGUCUACAAUGAUAUUUUCGGGUGGAGCGAGAUCAGGUCUGGAAGUCAACCCCAUUACGACCCCGCCGCCAGCUUGAUGGCCCUGUCGAUUCUUGCGCUGCACACAACCGCGGACCUCCUCUGCCGCACCCUCCUUGACCUGGCCGAGAGGCCCGAGCUAGUUGAGGAGUUGCGCCAGGAAAUGAUCAAAGCCUUGUCGGACAAAGGCUGGAAGAUGGAUGCGCUCCACGAGAUGAGGCUUCUUGACAGCGUCAUCAAAGAGUCGCUACGGCUGGAUCCCGGUGCCCUGACCAGUUUGAGCCGUGUCCUAGACGAGGAGGUACGACUUUCGGAUGGGACGGUACUGCCCAAGGGCAGCCAAACCCUGAUCCCCUCAUAUCGCCAGUGGGACCCGGCCUUAUAUGAGAACCCCGAUGUGUACGACCCUUACCGUUUCCUCAGGAUGCGGCAGGAGAAGGGUAAGGAGAAGUCGUCGCUUCUUGUGAGCACCACGGAGAACUUCACGUCCUUUGGGCACGGUGUACUCGCCUGCCCAGGACGAUUCUUCGCCGCGAGCGAAAUCAAGAUCGCUCUCGUUCAUCUGCUGCUCGGGUAUGACUUCCGACCUGCCUCGGGGUACAAGAGGCAAAAUGUGUGCUUCGAUUUUGUAGAGCAGUUCGACCCCGACAGCAGGAUUUGCAUGCGCAGGCGGCAGGUACCGGUUGACCUGCAUCGGUUUGCCCGGUCCUAA